AUGCACACCCAUGUACAUGCUUCAAGGCAUGCUCCUGAAGCGAUUGAGGGCCGUGGGGGUAUCCAACUCAAAGCCCCCGGGCAUCUCCAUGUAUACUUGAUGCUCUACGGCAGGUCAAGCGAGCGAAGCAAGCAGAAUGAGUUGGCUUCCUCUUACGGGACUUUAGUUUCCAUAUGCGCUGGCGUUCCGUACCAGUACAGCACACUUGGAUUUUUAACUGCCAAAUGCGACAGUGGCCUGACACGUCCCCGCCUCAGCUCUUCGUCUUCCCUGGCUCUGAGCCCCAAGGUAGCGUGUUGUGGCAGUUUCCCCCAAGCACUGCAGCCGUACCUGUACUCGUAUGUGCUGGCGCUUCGAUCUUCAGCAAAUGACCUCGGGGUAUCUGUUACCUCAUAUCUGUACUUCGUACUUCGUACGAAGUACGGAGUACACUUCGCUAAGAUAUAUGACAAUUGUGUCAUACGAGUAUUAGGCGGCGAGCAAGUACCAGUAGGCUUCGUACGGGAACUUUCCUCUUCGUUUCAUUUUUUGGCCCGCUAUGCCAGACACACGAACCUGUUUGUCGGAAUCACUUUCAGGAAAUCGAGAGAAGUUGGCAAAGUACUCCGUACCGCAUGGGGUGAGGUACUGUAUGGAGUUCCAAACGAACAGGGCAACAGGGGUGCUGCAAUGCUACCACAAGCAAUUUUCUACGUGCAUGGAGCCCUUCCCAGUCUUAUUCCUGAGAAAUCUGCAUCCCCUGCCAGGCAGCAAGCGGCCCGGACGCAUUGGGCUACACCCUGUGCAGCACCCACUACACCCGUCAAAAGGCAUCCAUUGAUCCCUUCUUGCAUCCGAGACUCCCUGCUAAUCUUCGUGGGGAGUCCGUCGCGACUGCACGCCCGAAACUUGAUGGCAUAUGACAAGGUGUAA